UAAGUUAGCUGAAUGUCGCCAUUUUUUGUAAUCGCUGAACGCAACCAAACCAAACGUCAAAUCGUGUUGUUUACAUCUUUUAGGUUACAACGUGGAACUUUCUUCCCAUUUCCCACCUUCGAACGUACCUGCUUCCAAUUUCAUUCCAACCAUGGCACCGCAACAGAAGGGAAAGCAAGCGACGAAGGGGGCGAAACAGAUCGUUGAGGAAAAUGUGUCGACCCUCAACUUCUACCGAAACAUGGCAAUCGCUUCGAACGCGACUUCGCUAAUCAUUUUGGUCUUUUACAAUUCGCCUAUCAGUAUCUUUCUCUACCUGUUCUCGUGCUUCGUGUACAUCGCCUCCUAUCAGUUUAUGGUCUACAUGGCCAAGACCAAGCACAGCGAAACCGGCCAACUCGUCGAUAGCGGCGUGGACCUGAACAUGGAAGGCGGCAUCGCCGAGCACGUGAAGGACAUUAUAAUAUUGACGGCCGGCUGCCAGUUGCUCUCGUCCGCGAUCUCCACCUACUUUUGGUUGCUGUGGCUUUUGGCGCCCGCGAGAGGCUUCUGGUUGGCGUGGAAGAACAUUUUGGCGCCGUACUUCUUCCAGGAGGCGCCCGUCGAUCCCGCCGCCAACGAGAAGAAACAGAAGAAGUUGGAGCGGCGAAUGCGAAGGCAUCAAUGAUAAUUAAAUCGUUUAAAUAAUGUUGUAUAUAAGACGUUGUAUCGAUCGCCACUUUUAUAAGCCUUCGUGUUAAAAGACCUUUGUAAUCAUUUCCUCGUUCUGUUGAGACUCGCACAUAACAUGCACAAAAUCGUGUGCUGAAGUCGAAAAACUACAGCAUUUAAUGUCUCAA